AUGGAAAAUGAUCAAUCGACAACUUCUGUUUCUCCUUUGGCAUUAGGUGGUGCUAUAACGGGUAUAUUGGUACUUAUUGUUUCAAUUAUUUAUUUAUUCUUUCGAUCAUCUUCAUCAUCAAAAACGGAUGAAACAAAAACUGAAAGUUAUAUUAAACCUGAAAUUGAUCGAAAAAAACCAACAACAAAAUCGACAACGUCAAAACCUAUAAAACAAGAUACGAAAUUAACAACGAAAUUUAUACAUCCAUGGUUAUGUACAUCAUUACGAGCUCAUUCAAAUUCAGUAAUUGGUUUAAAUUUUAGUCAUAAUGAUAAAUAUCUUGCAUCAGUUGCUGAAAAUGAUAGUGUUCUUUUAUGGCCAACAAAAGAGUUUGAUGGAAAAGAACAUAAACAUACUCGUGUUAACAUUGAAUUUGAUCAAGCUAAUCAUGUUGUAUUUAGUCCAGAUGGAAAAGCAUUUCUUAUUAAUUUACUAAAAGAUAAUAUUAUUCGUGUAUACAAAUUUGAAAAACGUGCUGAUGGUUUAAUAACAAAUGCUCAUGCUGUUUUAGAUUUUCCUAAAAAAAAUGGAAGUCCUAUUGUUGCGAUUGGCAUUGCUUGUACGGGAAAAUUUAUUAUAUCAGCAGAAGUUAAUAAUAAAAUCGUUGUAUUUGAUACUAAAGGUGAUGUUCUUGAUACGGUUGAAACUCAUCAAGGUCAUUUAAAUUAUGCUGCUGUAUCUCCAUGUGGUCGUUUUUUUGGUUCGUCUGGUUUUAUGAGUGAUGUUCGAUUUUUUGAAGUUUGCUUUGAAAAAUCCAAUGGAAAUUUUAAAGAAAUUCGAAAAAUAUUUGAUCUUAAAGGACACAAUGCUCAAGUAUUAUGUUUUAGUUUAAAUAAAGAUUCAACACGUGCUGCAACUAUAUCAAAAGAUAAUACAUGGAAAUUAUGGAAUACUGAUGUUGAUUAUAUACAUAAACAAGAUCCAAAAUAUAUUGAAAAUGUUCAUUCAGAAACAAUUCGAGUUUUAAUAAUGGAUAGUACAGGAAAAUAUGUGGUAUCAGCUGGUGAUCGACAAAUUCGAGUAUUUCAUAAUAUCGCUGGAUUAAAAGGAUUAAUUGAUGAUUUGACAGAAAAAGCUCAUACAGCAAAACAAUUAACAUUAAAAGAACGUAUUAAAGAACAAAUAAAUGAUGCACGGUCAAAAAUGAAUAACAUUCUAAAUGGUGCUUCUUAG